GCAUGUGUGCAAACGACUGAAAUUGACUGAAGAGCCAGAGCGCAGGAAGGUUUCAUUCAACGGCAGUGGGGACGACUAGAGAGAAUGUGAAUUUAUCAUUCAGGUGUAUAACUGAAGAAUAGUAGACUGUUACAGUGAUGGAUGUGAGCGAUGCUGCGGGAAGGUGGGAUGCCCUGGGCAGUCGAGACUCGAGCUCCAGACACGCAGCGAUGGAGCUCAUUCACCAGGAGGUGAUGAAGAGAAUAGAGACCAUGGGGCCGAUACCGGACCCGCAGUCCUCCUCUCCCCCAGCCAUGGAUGACAGUCUGUCCAGUGAUCUCAACGCUCUCCUGACUCAUGUCCUCAUGCUCUCCAAACGGUGUCCUUAUGAAGACAUCAGGAAGAAAUGCAUGUGUUUGCUUCAGAAGGUUCAGGACGUUGGAGUGCGAAUCCCCAGACCGGUGGGAAAUGGACCAAGUAGAUUCAUACCAGAGAAAGAGAUACUUCAAGUCAGUAAAUUGGAUGAAAGAAUACAGUCGAUUUUUGAGGACGCCUUUGCAGUGCUCGGUCGCCUUGACAACAUCUCCUUAGUGAUGGGGUUCCAUCCUCAGUAUCUGGAGAGCUUUCUUAAGACACAGCAUUACCUGCUUCAGAUGGACGGUCCAUUGUCUUUGCACUGCAGACAUUACAUAGGGAUAAUGGCUGCUGCCAGGCACCAGUGCACGUAUCUGGUCAACCUGCACGUGAAUGACUUCCUGCAGGUCGGAGGUGAUCCCAAGUGGUUGAAUGGUCUGGAAGAAGCCCCACAGAAGCUGCAGGCUAUUGGGGAGCUCAAUAAGAUCCUGGCCCAUCGCCCCUGGCUGCUCACCAAAGAACACAUUGAGCGUCUACUGAAGGCAGAGGAGCACAGCUGGUCGCUGGCCGAGCUGAUCCAUGUUGUGGUGCUACUCACACUCUAUCACUCUCUGGCCUCCUUUACGUUUGGUUGCGGCAUCAACCCUGACAUCCACACAGAUGGAGGACAUACAUUCAGGCCACCCUCGCUCAGCGGUUACUGCGUUUGUGACAUUGCCAAUGGCAACGGUGCCCUAGAGGAGAUGUUUGGGAACCAGCAGGUGUCUGAGUUGUCUGGUGAGGUGGAAGUGCUGAUGGAGAAGAUGAAGCAGCUCCAGGAAUGUCAUGACGAAGAGGAAGCCAGUCAGGAGGAAAUGGCCACUCGUUUUGAGAGGGAGAAGACCGAGAGCAUGCUGGUGGUCACCUCUGAGGACGAGGAGUGUAUACCAUCCAGAGAUGUUUCACGACACUUCGAAGACCCUAGUUAUGGCUACAAGGACUUUUACAGAAGAGGAGAACAUGUACCCACCCUCAGAGUGCAGGACUAUAGUUGGGAAGAUCAUGGCUUUUCCCUUGUGAAUCGGCUGUAUCCGGAUUUUGGACAGCUUCUGGAUGAAAAGUUCCAGAUCGCAUACAAUCUGACGUACAACACAAUGGCGACACACCAGGGUGUGGACACUUCCAUGCUUCGUCGAGCCAUCUGGAACUACAUCCACUGCAUGUUCGGGAUUCGGUACGAUGAUUAUGAUUAUGGAGAAAUUAACCAACUGCUAGACCGCAGUUUUAAAGUCUACAUCAAAACUAUGGUGCGCACUCCAGAGAAGAUCACCAAGAGGAUGUACGACAGCUUCUGGAGGCAGUUCCAGCACUCUGAGAAAGUCCACAUUAAUUUGCUUCUUAUGGAAGCGCACAUGCAGGCAGAACUGCUCUACGCUCUGAGAGCUAUCACUCGCUACAUGACAUGAAGUGCUGUUCUUGUCUACCUUUUUAAUUUUUUUUACUGUUGUUGACGUUGGACACUUAAAUAAACGUAAAAAUGACAAAAAAUGGAAAAAAUACAACUGAGGAAGAAGAAGAACGGGUGGUGGCGGAGGGCGAUGACAAGGUUGUUUUGUUAAAAGAAGGAAAAAAAAAACAACUGUCAACUGAACCUACUUGCUGAAUCACUUGUGUGGCUGCUCAGCCUGCGGUGCCAAAACUGGCCACUGGGGGGAGUGGGGCCGUCUGAGCAGAAUCCCUCUAGUGUGUAAGAGGACAAGCUAAGACUGCGGAGCUUCUGGAGGCCAGACCUCCUUUAGUAUUUCAAAUGCAUCUGCGAUAAGAUGCCAUAUAAUCAUAUCUUCUUUUUGUGAGAUGUGAUUUAAAAAACACACACACACACACACACACACACACAAAUGGCAACUCCAGCGCCAGUGCAGAAAGACUGCACUAACAUGACUAUCUACUAGUGUUUUUUUCCAUAUUGUUUUUAUUUUUUGUUCAGCAGUGGCUAGAGAUAGAAGCAUUACUGAUUUUGCAUAAACGCGUGCCAAGUCAUGCGCAGCACUGGCAACAGAUGCUGAGGUGCCAUCUGUUCAUGCUGCUUUUCUCAAUUGAGAGGCCUCAAGACACCCAAACCAUCACCCAUUUAUAUAAGCUAAUCCAGGAA